AUGGGACCUCCCAGACUCCCGGCCUCUGACGGCCGGCGUAAACUUUCUUCUUGGCGAACCCAAGAGCCGGGUGCGGCCGUGUCUUCUUCACCUGACACUUCAUCGUCCGCUUCUGCAGGUGCUUGUGCAGCGCGCGUUUCACCUUUUUCACCUCUAAAGGCCCGUGCCUCCUCCGCACUCUCCGAUGCCGCUUCCACUUCCUUCUCAGUGUCGUGGCAAUCGCAGGAAAAUGUGCGGAAGCUUUCUUGGUCCUCUAGUGUGCCGGCUACAGCGCCAGAUCGCCUGCGAAUGUCGUGUGCUGCUUCUCGCAUGUCUUUCCAAGUGUGCGUGUCGACCUUUCUUGCACUCCUUGGAGCAUUCUUCCUUUCCACUCCGGAACGCACUUGGGCUUUCUCUCCAGCCCCACCUCUCACGUUUGCGACUGGCCCCCCAGUUCGGCGGCUACAAGUGGCAGGGGAUCUGCCGCAGGCACUCGAAGAGCUUCUGAAUGUGGGAGGCGGCACGAGUCUGUUCAUCGGCAUCUUCCUCACUCUCAUCGGCAGCGUUAUGAUGUCCGGAGGCAGCACAAUGAUGAAAGUGGGGCUCCACCUCGAGGCAGAAAAGAGCAAACCGUCGUCGUCGCUCAUGUGUGAGCCCAUGUGGCUCGGCGGCUUGGCGGCGUACACUUUUGGGGCGCUGCUACACAUCGUGGCCCUGGCCUUCGCGCCGGCAAGUGUUUUGGCGCCCAUGAACUCCAUCGGCCUCAUCGCCAACGCCGUCACCGCAGCCACUGUUUUGAAGGAGCCGUUUGGCUUUCAGGAGUUUCUUUUCACCGGGGGCACGGCUCUGGGGGUGACUCUUUGCGCCUGCGCCACGCUGCUGCCCCACGACCAGUUUGUAAAUAUGGGAGGCGACGCGAGCUCGGCGUCGGAGGAAGACAUCGGUCUGUACAGCUGGCGCGACCCGUGGUAUCUGGCGUAUCUCGCGUGCUGCGUCGUGCCUGGCUUCGGCACGCUCAUCUAUGUCAACUCUGAGGAGAGCGCCGCGCUGGAGGAACAAGAGAGGUAUAUGAUGAACGCUUCUCCGCGCGCGAGUCUGAAGAGGCUCGAAAUGGCCCGGCGAGGCGCUUCGCAACCGUCAAACUCCGCGUCAGGCGGUGGCGUGGAGGGCAACGUCGGAAACCUCGGCGGCCCUCCAAACGGAGCAGAAGCGUCGAGCUCAGGCUCGAAGGCAAAGGUUCUCAGAGACAUCCACGAAGGCGGAGAAGACGCUCAUCGCGCUCUGCUUGACAGCGAUGCAGAUUCACAACAAGGCCAGGGGAAGAAAACCGUCCUAUACUCGAGAUGCAUCGGCCUUUGCUACGGGUUUCUCGCCGGUCUGACUGGAGCCCAAUGCGUUCUGGAGCUGAAAGAGCUCGCAGCUUGCGCUCACCGAGGCAUGGAUGACCCUGCGAUCUGGCACCACCCUCAGCCGUACCUCGUCAUGGUCUUCCUCGUUGCUUCCGUUUGGACUCAGAUUCACUUCCUCAAUCUCGGCCUGGCGCGCGGCGACGCAACUCUUGUCGUCCCCACGUACUAUGUCAGUUGGACGUUUUUUGGCACACUGGGAGGUUUUGCGAAGUUUCACGAGAUUCAGGGCUUCAGUGUAGGAGCCAUUGUCCUCUUCACCCUCGGUUUCGGACUGACCAUCCUCUGCAUUGCCAUUCUGGCUGUGCAGGAAAUGACGAUCUUGCGUCGCUACGUCGAUGAGCGCGUGCCUGACUUGGCGGAAGCAGACCUCGACUUGCCCACGCAAGAGCUCCAGGAGCAGCAGCUGGCGAAGCAAGUGACUCUGGCGAUGGGCCUCUUUCCGUUCUCGAUGCUUGGUCGAACUGUGGGCCGCAAACGCUUCCGUCCGCUUUACCAACGAUUCCGCCGGACGCGCUCGACUGCCUCUGACACGGCGCUCAACGACUCUUACGGAGAACUGACGCUCAGCUCGUCUGGGCUCAUUGGAGCGUACACGCUGCCGCACAACCUCCACUUCAACCGCACUGGAUCUGAGGGCCCCGCCUGGGACACCCGCCUUCGCCGAGAGACUGGCGCGGACGUCCCGCGCGCGGACUCGCUGGGGCCCUCGCCCUUCUCGCGGCACUUGGCGGCCGCGGCUGCAGGGCGCCAGGGCGCCGACCGCGCGUCGGGUGCCAGCGAGGCCAGUCCCCACGAGGGCGACCGCCUCCGCGUGCACCGCCCCUGGAUGCAGGACGCUCAGCCCCCUAGAGGAGUCUUGGGCUCCAGGGGUUCACUGCAGGUGCCGGGCCCUGCGAGAGGAGGACCCAGCGAGGUGGAGCUCGCCUCUGCAGUCGUAAUGAGUCCCGUAGCGGUGAUCGGAGGUCAAGGGUCCUGA